AUGUCCAACUUUGACGUGGAUAUCGGUGCAAUGGACGAAGUGAUAUUCAGACUCCAAGGCAUAGUUAGCGACAAGAUGCUACCACCAAUGGCAAAGCCUGCUUCCCGCAACAGAACGGUCAAGCAACAACCAUAUUUACGUACCGCCAUUGCUAUCACGGGACUUGGAGACAUUGUGUUCAAUAAGGUGAUGGAAAAGCUAGAAGAAGUUUUCCUCCGUUUUGCAAACAAUUUUCCCACGGACAGCGUCAGCGGCUAUGACCCAGUUCUUCACAAAGACACGGGUUUCAAUGUUUUCCAUGCGCAUAGCCAAUAUUUCACGAAGUUUCUUCGUCGGGAGAUACUUCCUGACGGAACAGCCAGAUAUUAUUCUUAUAAUCCUGCCUCCAUACGAAUUGGAGACAUUGUCGAGAUCAGUGUUGCCUUUGUUGCAUUUCCUGCCCAAGGAAACAAGUACAAAUUUGUUGUCGCUCUUCGCGGAAUACUUGUCUUGGACCAGGAGGGAAGAGAGGUAAGCAAUGUGACAUUGAACAGUCUCAUAGCCAUUCAUAACUUCCAACAGAAAGCUGAUAUUCUCAGAAUGCGGUCGCGCUAUACUCCAGCGAAAAGACAGGUUGCUGUUUUGUGUAGGACAAAGAGGCAGCUGUACAAAGGUCAGAUUGACAUUGAAGACACGCAACAGAGGAUGGCACGUAUGCGCUUAAAUGAGGACACAGUCCACAAUAGCAAUACUAUAUCCCAAGAUUAA